AUGAAAAUUCCCGAGGCAAUGAUGGAUCCYGAAACAACCGAUAUCUUUGCAGAAGAUUCAUCAAUUGACGAAUUCGACAUCGAUUUCGAAUUCGACGCACCUAAAUUCUACGAUUUCUUCAAACCAGAACUUGAUUCAGAAACAGAGGAAACAGAGCUUUGGUUUGAAUCAGCAGGAAACUAUCCUCCUUCGCCUUUUAGCCUAAAUUCGAGCCCGCGAUACAAAGACAAACAUCUCAAGAUCUCCAAACCAAUCUCCGAUAAUUACAACGGAUUCAUACAUUAUAACCAAGCUUAUAAAUAUGUUCCCAAGACGACUCAAAACUCUAAAACCAAACCAAUUUUACGAAAGAACUCAACUUUAACGCGACCGACCGCUUCUUUAUUAGCAAGACAGAACAAACCUCUUGACAUUUACUCUGUUCAACUUCUCUCAAGAUGUCAGAGAUCAUUAGGGAAGUUUGAUGACAAGAUCUCUUCUCUCUUAUUCUCUAUGCCUCAAACACAAGAUACCAAAAGGCAAAAACUCGCAACCGGCUUCUUGCGCAAGAUGUCGCGGUUGGACCAAACAUAUUUUGUACAUAAGGUUCCAAAGAUGGGAUCUAAGGUCACUGUCCCAAAGGAACCUAACCUCAAGACUGCUCAAAGAGCUGCAAGACAUCGGUUCAAGGCUAAUUCAGCACCCGAGCAGAUAGUGAAAUUCAGCUCUACUAUGAAUAAAACAGUUCAAGAAAGUUCUUCAACAAAUCUGCCUAAAAAGAGUACGUCUCGCUCUCAAGAUAUCCAGGCUUUUCAUCUAAGAACAUCUCUUGGAGCGAAGGAACGCGCUUCAAAUGCUAAAAUCGCACCCGCCGAUGAUGAUCGUACACCCUCCAUAACGUCAAAGCCCGUUGGUUUGAGAAAGGGUAGUAAAGUCAAAGAAUCUCGCAGCUCGAAGACAGUUUGUCAAGUUUACAAAUCCGAGAUUAGCCCUCUAGACUCAAAGGUGAUGCAGACAUCAAGUAAAUGCGGUGAAGCAUUCGAAAUCAAACAUGAAAACAAUUUUCCGAGGGUAAGUCACUCAUACUUCAGUUCAUCGAAGGAAUUUGAAGCUCCAAAGGACACAAAUUUUCGAGAUGAACUCAUUAUUGAAUCUCUCAGAAAAAUUAGUUCGCUUGUAUCUCAUCUACAUAGAGUUUUCUCAAGACAUAUAUCGUACAUGUACAAAGACAUGGCUAUGAAGGAAUCAGAGAGCUUCGACGGGAAAAAGAUCGAGAGAUUGGAUUUAUGCUGGAGGACAUUCACCAAGAAGUACCCCAAUGCUCCUAAGAUUCAUCAUAUGCACUUACAUAGAUGA